AUACACUGUCGUGCCAUGGUAGUGCGAGAAGUAAGCGCUCUAGGCAAGGAUACAGAAUCGCAAUAUGGCACAAGUGGCAUAGUUUCGAUCACGGCCGCUAAGGCGACACCGUCUCGCGAGUCGCGACAACUACGAAACACGAGCGUAAGCAUUUUUGUUACUCUCUGCUUUAGGCACGUCAGAAUUUACCGUUCAUAGCUACUCAAAUACAUUUGUUGAUUACUUUAACUUUAAUUAUAUGUACAUUAAAACACGUUCAAAUAGCAAUGAUCCACAGUCUCUUUAUUAUUAAUGCUUCAGGAGAUGUCUUUAUGGAAAAACAUUGGAAAAGUGCUGUUGCCCGAUCAUUAUGCGAUUACUUCUUUGAUCAGCAGAGAAGAGUCCUAUCGCCUGAAGAUACUCCCCCGGUGAUAGCUACUCCUCACCAUUAUUUGAUCAGUAUAUAUCGUUGCAGUAUGUUUUUUGUUGCAGUAUGUACAACGGAAGUUCCACCGUUGUUUGUAAUUGAAUUUUUACACAGAGUAGUGGAUACGUUCCAAGAUUACUUUAGUGAGUGCACUGAAACAAUCAUAAAGGAAAAUUAUGUUGUUGUUUAUGAAUUAUUGGAUGAAAUGUUAGAUAAUGGAUUUCCAUUGGCUACGGAAUCAAAUAUUUUAAAGGAGCUCAUUAAGCCACCUAAUAUCCUACGGACUAUCGCUAAUACCGUUACUGGCAAAUCCAAUGUAAGUGCAAUUUUACCAAGCGGACAACUUUCCAAUGUUCCCUGGAGAAGAACAGGGGUUAAAUACACAGCCAAUGAAGCAUAUUUUGAUGUUGUCGAAGAAGUUGAUGCAAUUAUUGAUAAAACUGGUGCCACGGUCUUUGCGGAAAUUCAAGGAUAUAUUGACUGCUGUAUCAGAUUAAGUGGUAUGCCAGAUUUAACCUUAUCGUUUAUGAAUCCUAGACUCUUUGAUGAUGUAAGCUUCCAUCCUUGUGUACGAUUCAAACGAUGGGAGUCUGAAAGAAUUUUGUCAUUUAUUCCCCCUGAUGGAAAUUUCCGGUUAUUAUCAUACCACAUAGGGUCACAAAGUAUCGUUGCUAUUCCAUUAUAUAUAAGACACAAUAUAAGUUUAAAGGAAGCUGGUGGUGGUAGAUUGGAUAUAACCGUGGGACCAAAACAAACGAUUGGCAAGACGGUAGAAAAUGUAUCAUUGGAGAUACCCAUGCCAAAAAUCGUAUUAAAUUGUAGUUUAGUACCAAACCAAGGAAAAUAUUCUUUUGAUCCAGUUAGUAAGGUGUUAAUGUGGGAUAUUGGAAGGAUAGACGUAUCCAAGUUACCUAAUCUCAGAGGAUCUAUAACUGUACAAAAUACUGCUGCAAUUACCGAAUCAAAUCCAGCUAUUAAUGUACAUUUUACAAUAAAUCAAUUAGCAGUAUCUGGUUUGAAGGUUAAUCGACUUGAUAUGUACGGAGAAAAGUACAAACCUUUUAAAGGUGUAAAGUACAUCACUAAGGCUGGAAAGUUCCAAAUACGAAUGUAAAUUCUUAUAUUCUUCCAUUAAGUUAAGGAAACCAGAUUGCAUUGCUUACGUUUAUGUAUUUAAAUAAAUUCUGGAAUAUUGUA